AUGGCACGUACUAAGCAGACUGCGAGACUAGCCAAUGAAAUUAUCAAUCUCGUUGAUACUGUUAAAGCGACGAAGGAGUGUUCGAGAACAAGCAAGAAAUCAAAACCUCCGGACAAAAAAAUGGCUCCCAUUAGAUGUAACAAGAAUAAAAAGGAUAAGAAUGUCUUGGUAACUCCUCCAUCCAGACCUCCCCACAACCCAAAAUACCUAAAUGCGGGUCUAUUACGAGGAAAAACACCGAGCGAGGUAGCCUUAAAUAUCCGCGAACCUAGAGAACCAUGUGAUGAUUCCUCUGUAUCAUCGUCUUCAUCAUCUGCUGCUAUAUCUACAACCCCAAACGAUGAAGAAUUAGAAGUCGCGGAAUAUGAAGAAUUAGAAGUAGGUGAAUAUGAUGCUUAUGAUGAUGAGGAGGAUGGUGAUCAAGGUAAUGGUGGUAAUGGAGGAAAUGGUGGUAAUGGUGGCGAUAGAUUGAAUGGUGGUAAUGAGGUGGCAGAGAUUGAGGAAGAGGAGGAUCAAGAGGAUGAUGGUAAUGAUGGAAAUGGUAAGGAAAGAAAUGAUGGUAGUGGCGGUGAUGAUGAUGAUGAUGAUGAUGAGGAGGAGGAGGAGAUUCAGGAGGAUGGGGAGGAUGUUGCGCAACCACAGCAAUAG